AUGGGUAAUUUCCGCUUCCCCGUCAAGGUCAAACUCCCCUCGACUUUUCUCAAUGCCAGAGUGAUCAGAGACAAUUUCAAGAGACAGCAGGUUGCAGAACAUGAAGUCACGACUAAGGCAUUGAAAUACAUAGCCAGAAACACAACAUUACCACCAAGAGCAAGACUAGAGGCCCAGUUACGUCUGAGCACCAUGCCUAAUUACACAAGAAUGACCCAAGUCAGAAACAGAUGUGUGGAAACGGGCCAUGCCAGAGCGGUUUUGAGCGACUUUAGACUUUGUAGAACGCAGUUCAGAGAAUUGGCCAGAAACGGUAGUUUGCCAGGUGUCAAAAAGGGUGUGUGGUAA